AUGUCAAACUAUCUUGUUGAAUUCUCUAAAUACGGACCCUCUUCCGUCUUACAAUAUGUAAAACGCGAAAUCCCUAAAGUUGACGGAGACAUGCUAUUAGUGAAAGAUGCAUAUGCGGGCAUAAAUUACAUUGAUACUUAUUGCAGAACCGGAUUGUAUCCUGUUCCUCUGCCUUCUGUGCCCGGUAAAGAAGGAUCAGGUAUUGUUACUGAAGUGGGUCCUACUUGCAGCAAAAACUUCAAGGUUGGAGACCGUGUUGUUUACUUGACGAUGUCUGGUUCUUACGGUCAAUACAAUCUUGUUCCUCCCGUCUUAGCCGCCAAGGUACCAGAGGGAAUUUCUCUCAAGGUUGCUGCUGCUUCUUUACUUCAAGGAAUAACCGUCCUGGCACUAAUUGAACAAGCAUAUCCGGUACAAAGUGGAGACUAUGUUAUUGUGCACGCGGCUGCAGGAGGAGUAGGUCUACUUUUAUGCCAAAUGUUAAAACGUAGAGGUGUGCACGUUAUUGCAACUGCUUCAAGUCCUGAAAAACGAAGUCUUGCUCUUCAGAAUGGAGCAGAGUUUUCCUGCUCAUACCAAGAAGUUGUUGAUUUAUCUCUCCAAAUAACUGGCGGUAAAGGUGCGCAUGCUUCUUUUGACUCUGUCGGCAAAGAUACCAUGAAAGCGUCCAUAAGCUCACUCCGUAACGGUGGUACCUUUGUAACCUUUGGUAAUGCAAGUGGAAUAAUCGAAUCUGUGCCUUUUAAUUUGAUUACUUCUAAAUGCAUCAAAGUUGUUCGUCCUACCCUUUUUGGAUAUUUAGACUCUGGAGAAACAUUUGACCGUUACACAAGCAAGCUUUGGGACGAAAUUAUAAAACACAAGCUGAAUAUUGCCAUCCAUCACACUUGGAAAUUAGAAGAGGCUAAGGAAGCUCAUGAUAAGUUCCAAAGCAGAGCUACUACUGGUAAACUUUUGCUUUCUUGUAACGAAGACUUGACGGAUGCUUAA